ACGGAGAAGGGAGGAGAACAGCCCCUCCCACUGCCGUAUGAAAAAGGGGAGUGGGGGAGGGGAGGAUGAGGAGGCGUAGCCAUAUUUGUGAAGGGCUUUCAGACAGCCGGGUCUCCCUAAGAGCGUCAUCCUACUUGAGGGCGGAUGUUUGGGGGGAAAAAAAACUUGCGGAACGCAGUUAAAGGGCCAGUAACGCCGGGUUAGUCUGAGUCUUGCUUGGGAGAAAGUGAGCUCUUGGCUCUCCAAACUUUCUCCUCCGCUGCAGCCUCGAGCGCUUGGGCUCACGGGGGAAGUCAUUGGUGUCCCCUGGUGUCUGGGAAAGCAAUGCUCAAGAGCCCCUGGGUGCUGACGGUGCUGAGUCAGCUGAGGAGAUCCGAGGUGAAGCUGGCCAGGCCCCUGCACCAGAUGGUCAAAAUGUCUAAGCAAGUGCAGGCUCGAAGGCUGGAAGGCAUUGACAAGAACCCUUGGGUGGAAUUUUCGCAGUUGGCCAAUGAGAAUGAGGCUGUCAACUUGGGCCAGGGCUUCCCUGAUUUUGCACCUCCAGAAUUCUCCACAGAAGCGUUCAGACAGGCUGUCACCAGAGACAUCAUGCUCAAUCAGUACACUCGCGGUUAUGGUCACCCUCCCCUGGUAAAGGUCCUGGCCCAGUUCUUUGGAAAGCUGCUGAAACAAGACAUCGAUCCCUUAAAAGAUGUGCUUGUGACAGUGGGUGCCUAUGGAGCCCUCUUUUAUGCUUUCCAGGCCCUAGUGGAUGAAGGAGAUGAGGUCAUUCUCAUUGAACCCUAUUUUGACUGCUAUGAGCCCAUGACAAAGAUGGCUGGUGGCCGUCCUGUGUUUGUGUCACUAAAACCGCCACCAUCUGAUGAUGGCAAGAUGAUAUCCAGUGAUGACUGGAAGUUAGAUCCAGAUGAACUGGCCAGCAAGUUCACCCCUCGAACCAAAGCCAUCGUCAUCAACUCACCCAACAACCCUUUGGGCAAGGUGUUCAGCAAAGAAGAACUUGAACUAAUAGCAAAUCUGUGCAAAAAACAUGAUGUCCUGUGCUUCAGUGAUGAGGUUUACCAGUGGCUGGUGUAUGAUGAAAAGAAACACAUCAGCAUAGCCAGUCUUCCAGGAAUGUGGGAACGCACCUUGACUAUUGGCAGUGCAGGAAAAACUUUUAGUGUCACUGGUUGGAAGGUGGGUUGGGUCCUGGGCCCAAAUUAUCUUAUGAAGCAUCUUCGGACUGUUCACCAGAAUUCCCUGUAUCACUGCCCGACACAGACCCAGGAAGCUGUAUCUUCCAGUUUUUCGAGGGAGCUGCGGCUCUUUGGUGAUCCAGAUAGCUACUUUGUCCAGUUGCCUAAGGAUGUUCAGAAAAGGCGGGAUCACAUGAUGAACAGCUUGCAGACCAUUGGCAUGAGGCCCAUUGUCCCCCAGGGCACCUACUUCCUCAUGGCAGACAUCUCCAGCUUCAAGAAGAAGAUGCCCAACCUGCCCGGCUCCGAGGGGGAGGCCUAUGACUCCCGCUUCAUCAAGUGGAUGAUCAAGAACAAGGGCUUGGUGGCCAUCCCAGUCUCGGCGUUCUGCAGCUCGGAGCAGAAGGAACAUUUUGAGAACUACAUCCGGUUCUGCUUUAUGAAGAAUGACUCCACUCUCAAGGCCAUGGAUGAUAAGCUACAGCAGUGGAAGAAAGAGCUAGAAGCCUGAUUUCUGCACUGGGUUCUCCCCCAUUUCUCCUCCAGCUCUCUUUAUUUGAUUGGACCCUUCUUCCUCUCUUCGUCUAUCCUAUGUGUUUCGGGCAUUCCCGAGUCUGGUGGAGGAAGGAGGGAAGCUCCUUAACUAGUGCCUAAGGGAGAGGGAAAAGUGAAAAAAGGGAGCAUAGCCGCCCCAGGUCUUUUUCUUCUCCCCCACCCAAUUCUGUUUUAGUGAAAGUCUGCUCCCCCUUUUAUAUUAGGAUUUGGGGAUUGGGGAGCCCUCACCUACCCAAUAUCCACACUUCUGUCCCUAUGAAAGGAAACAUUCAGCUUAGUCAGCAUUAGGGUGGCAGGGCUCUCCCUAGAAUGUCCCUCCCUCCUUUAUCAUUUCCUCUUCUUCCUGUUGAAUCAUAAAGUGGGAUUUCCCUCUACUCUAAACACCUGAAUCAGCUACCCCUACUGAGGGUGGCUGCCAGCCAGGCCAGAAGUCACCUGCAUUUUACAAGGAUACCUAACACCUUGCUUUCAUCCCUUCUUGAUUCCAUAUUGCUAUAACUUAUCUUGUGUUUUUCUCUUCUCCUUUGAGUUUCAAGGGGCUAGCACAUCAAAAGGGUCAACGGUAAGGCUGCCUUGCAUAGCCAAUCAAUCGUAGUCUUGGGCAGAUCCCUUUAAACUUAAAUUAAGAGUGUUUAUCUGAAACCAAAAGCCAUAUUUUUCCUUUAAUAAAAUUUAUUGCAUUCUGUGUAAACUGUUGUUCUCUGUUCAAAAUCCCUUUGCUUUUUACCUCUGGGGACUAACCCUAUCAGUUAACAAAGCACCAACAAUCAUUUAAGCAUUAAGUGUUUGCUAUGUACUGGGCACUGUGUUAAGCACUGUGGGGUUCAAAGAAAGACAAAAGAAGGGUCCCUGCUCUGAAAGUUCUACAAUAUAGGAGAAAUUUAAAUAACCAGGUACAUUCAAGCUAUAAACAGACCUGAGGGGGAUCAGACUGGGAAAGGUAUUGGGUAAAAGAUAAGACUUCAGCUAAGUAUUGAAAGAAGGCAGUCAAUGAUCCUUCCAUUGUAUCAACCAGGCUGCUUCUUUCUAAAUGGAGAAUAAUGUUUUUAAGAGAACUUUUACAUCAAAAAGUCCAGCCAAAGAUGCUCUGGUUAAGCUCAAAGUCAACUGAUAGAGUAGGAUGAAGAGGCCCUCAAUGCAGUGCAACAGACUCUCAUUAUAUUUCUAUAAUUCAGGCUCUUUUACUUCUGAACUGGACUUAGUACAGUGCCUGACAUGUAAUAAAUAUUUGUUGCUUAAU